GGCCACUACUAAGCGUGUGCUGUACGUGGGAACCUGGAGAAGUGGUAGAGGAAUGUUACGGUCUUCCAAAUCCUCGCGCCCUUUAAUCUUCAGGAAUGACUCAGCCUCUGCCCUAAAGAAAGGAGUUCCCAGACUAGUUAGGAGGAAGUGGGGAGAGCCCCAAACCACGCUCUGGUGGGAACGGACCAUGGGGCUUGUAUUGGGAGAAAUGGCCCUUCCACGAGGAGAGAUGAGGGUAAACUUUGCGGAUGCGGGAGUUAGACAGGUGGACUGGCAGAAGAGGUGGACGACAAAGUUCUUCAUGCUGCUUUUAUUCCUUUUGGAGACAUCACAGAUAUUCAGAUUCCUCUGGAUUAUGAAACAGAAAAGCACCGAGGAUUUGCUUUUGUUGAAUUUGAGUUGGCAGAGGAUGCUGCAGCAGCUAUCGACAACAUGGUAUGGUUGGGAAUCCUCAUUCUAACUGAAGUUGCCUUUUGGUGGUACAGAGGGUCCUUGUUCACAUAUUGGUUUUCUGAACCUCCAAAGUGUCAAGAGUCUCCUGAAUUCAUGUCCUUGUCUACUAUAUUGAAAGAAAGGUGUGUGACGCCCAAGGAAGGAAAUUCCCUGCAGUUUCUUCCUUGUGUGCUGUUUUGUGGUGAGGCACCAUUUGUGCUAAGGACUCAGGGAUGAAGGGAGAAGAAACCAUGGCUCAGAUGUGAAUGGGAAGCUUUCUGGCUCUAAUCUGACAGAGUCUAAUUUUUUUCAGAAUGAAUCUGAGCUCUUUGGACGGACAAUUCGUGUCAAUUUGGCUAAACCAAUGAGAAUUAAGGAGGGCUCUUCUAGACCAGUUUGGUCAGAUGAUGACUGGUUGAAGAAGUUUUCUGGGAAGACUCUUGAAGAGAAUAAAGAGGAAGAAGGGUCAGAGCCUCCCAAAGCAGAAACCCAGGAGGGAGAGCCCACUGCAAAAAAAGCCCGGUCAAAUCCUCAGGUAUACAUGGACAUCAAGAUCGGGAAUAAGCCAGCUGGCCGGAUCCAGAUGCUCCUCCGCUCCGAUGUUGUGCCCAUGACAGCAGAGAAUUUCCGUUGCCUGUGCACCCAUGAGAAAGGCUUUGGCUUCAAGGGAAGCAGCUUCCACCGUAUCAUUCCCCAGUUCAUGUGCCAGGGCGGGGACUUCACAAACCACAACGGCACCGGGGGCAAGUCCAUCUACGGGAAGAAGUUCGAUGAUGAAAACUUCAUCCUCAAACAUACAGGACCAGGCCUCCUUUCCAUGGCCAACUCCGGCCCAAACACCAAUGGCUCCCAGUUCUUCCUGACCUGUGAUAAGACAGAUUGGCUGGACGGCAAGCACGUGGUGUUUGGGGAGGUCACUGAAGGCCUGGAUGUCUUGCGGCAGAUUGAGGCCCAAGGCAGCAAGGAUGGGAAGCCCAAGCAGAAAGUGAUCAUCGCCGACUGUGGGGAGUACCUGUGAGCUGGACCUGCUCUGCGCCUCUGCUCUGCGCCUCUGCUCUUGCCCCUGUGGUCGUGGCUCAGAGUGUCGUGUGAAACAAGCCAUGGGGUGGCUGAGCCCUUUCUCAGGAAGGUUUCUCUGCAGCUCAGCCUGAAGCCAGCCCAGCAGGGGCGCCAAAACGGGCUUUCCCAGGCCUGUGCUGCCGGAGCCUGUCCUGGGCCACCUGUGGCUCCUGGAUGGUUUCUUUGGUAAAAUAAAUCUUGGUUUUUGUACUGUAGCCUUCAGCAGUUUUCUGGGACUUGCCUAUUACAGAGGACGUGCAUAGCUAAGUUGUCCCCUGGAAGUGGAUAGGGCUUAGUGCCUUCCCACAGCUUUUGUUUCCUUCUUGAGCCAGUUCCUUAAAUGCCAGGUGAUGUAUCUUCAUGCCAGCUGUCUCUGUCAGGCCACAUAAGGGCAAUGGAAAUCAGAGGUCAUAUAGCAGUUCCUGUCUUCAGCUGCCUCUGUUCCUACACUCAUGCCAGUCUUGUGGCCCACCCGUGUGCUGAUUGGCCUCACUGGUUCCUAUGUUUAUUUGUUCACUUUCAGUCUACAGAUAUUUUAAAUACUUAAUGAUUCAAGGUGCCUUCUCUUCCAGGUACUAUGCUUAUUUUUAUCAGGAGACAGGAGGUUGGAAACUACCGGGACCUAAUCCAGCUCAUUGCCUGUUUUUAUGAAUAAAGUUUU